UAUUUUCCCAGGUGUUAGCCUUGCAGUUCUAACUUUUAACGCUGCUAUGCCUGAACCCACCAAAUCUGCUCCCGCCCCGAAGAAGGGGUCCAAGAAAGCGGUGACUAAGGCGCAGAAGAAGGAUGGCAAGAAGCGCAAGCGCAGCCGCAAGGAGAGCUACUCCGUGUACGUGUACAAGGUGCUGAAGCAGGUCCACCCGGACACUGGCAUCUCGUCCAAAGCCAUGGGCAUCAUGAACUCCUUUGUCAACGACAUCUUCGAGCGCAUCGCGGGUGAGGCCUCGCGGCUGGCGCAUUACAACAAGCGCUCGACCAUCACGUCCCGGGAGAUCCAGACGGCCGUGCGGCUGCUGCUGCCCGGGGAGCUGGCCAAGCACGCCGUGUCCGAGGGCACUAAGGCCGUCACCAAGUACACCAGCUCCAAAUAAAUUUGCCAAGGGGAGAUACCAGUGCAGAGAAGAAAUGAAUGCAAACAGUAACUGAAAAUGAGAAUUUGGUAUAGAAGUUAUGAAGUAUGACAACUGAUCUGCCCGAGAUGAUUGAUCAUUGUGUCUAUCACACUCAAAUCCCACUUAUCAUGAUUUACUGCACAUUGAUUUAUCAAAAAGGAGAUCAUUCAUUACCUGACUGGAAGAGCCUAAACAGGUGUUUUAACUUUUUCAUUUUAUUUUUAUUUAAAUUAUGAAAAUAGAAUUUACUUCGGUUACAGGUCUAAUUACCGGGAAUACAUUAUUUACUCUGGACUACCUUUGUUGGGAGAAAUCUGAAUGAGAGAAUGGCAAAACAUCUGUAAAUCAAAUGGUACAGUUAAUAAAAUCUUUGGAUAAUUAG